GACAUAGAGAGGAGAGAGCAAAAAACACACCACAGAACAAGGAAUAUAUUAAUUGUGUGUAAUAAUUCUCUUCUUCUCCACAUGACUAAUUACUUAGAAAUUACUCUUUAGAAAGAAGGGAGAAAAAUCUGGAAUUUGCCCUUCCUGUUUAGCCAGGAAGUCUAACGAGAAGCUAGUCUCUUGUACUAGGCAUUAAAUAACCCCUAUUUUCAUAAACUUGUUGAAAAUUAGUCGGUUGCAUUAAGGAGCAAGAUGUUCGAAGAUUCAUACGGUUCCAUGUGAAAGUGUGGUUGCUUUACCAAUCCAGGAAUGAGAGGCAAAGGUUCAUAAAAGCUGUGAAUAGGUUUCUGCUUUCCUUAACAAUUCCUAUUAACAUAAAUAGUGUUGUGUGUGAACAGUUGAUUUCACUAUCUAUUUUUCCUGAAAUGGCCUUGUCAAAGCCUGAUCCUACCCCAGAAUUUGUUGAUAUAGAAGAAUCCUAUCUUUGCAUUUCUUGCAAAAAUGUUUUAAAGAAUGCUAUGAUGACACGAUGUGGCCACCGCAUCUGUAUGGAAUGUGCUGACAAUUUGUUGAAAAUUGUGGACAGUGUACCAUGUCCUGCAAAUGAGGAAGAUUGUGUUACUUUGAGAAAAUUUGAGCUCCAUGAAGACUUCAGUGCAAGAAGAUACAUCAACCACCAACUUGUAUAUUGUUAUAAUAAAUGUUAUGGCUGUCCUGUAAAAAUGUUGUACAAAGAUUUAUCGGAUCAUUCCAAACACCUGAAUAAUUGCGAAUACUGGCAGAAAAAAUGUAGCAACACAGGUUGUACAUGGACAGGUUGUUUACAGGAGAAAGAGCAACAUAUUGAGACGUGCCCGUUUCAGAUAAUUAAAUGUGAAGAUUGUGACUCGUCAAUACGGAGAAGUGACAAAACAUCACAUGCUGAGGAAUGUCUAAAUAAGAUGGUGUCGUGUGAUUAUUGCCAAAAGGAGUGUGUUCAAUCCCAGUUGUCUGCUCAUUGGAAAGAAUGUGCUGAAGUACCAAAAGACUGUUUAUUUAAGAAUUUUGGAUGUAAAUUCACAGGCAAUGAAACAGAAAUGAAGGAACACCAAAAUGGCAGCUGUAACACCCAUCUUGAAAUGAUGGCCCGACAUAUAACCGAAAUGGAUACCACCAUUACGAAUCUUAGCCAAGAUAUAAAAGUUCAUAAUUCUGAUUAUUCCCGUACUUGUCAGCGUCUGGAAAACUUAGACAAAGUGAUGGCUCGGACAGAAGAAGAUAUAAAAUCUGUAGAAUUCAAAUUCUCUUCUAUAGAAACUGAGUUUCAAAAAUAUUCUAACACAAACUUUGAAAAUAAGAAAAAAUUUGUGAAUUUGACAGAAAAGUUAAUAGUAUUGGAUCAAGAUUUACAACGACUGAAAGAAGGAACUGACAAACAAGUACAAAUUCUAAAAAGUAAAGAAUCCAUAACUGACAUGACCACAAUCCAAAACCUUAGUACUCUUAUUGAUCAACUCCUGACCCAAGUCACAUCAAUCGAUCGACAAAUUGGUCUCCACGACAUGAGAAUUGAAGAAAUGAAUUCCAAGUUGACUUCAGUGACACAUCCAAAUUACGACGCUGAAGUCCUCAUGAAAAUUAGCAACUAUUCCCGAUGGAAAUCAGCACUGAAAACAUCAAAGACCUCUUUCAUAUAUAGUGAGCCAUUUUAUAGUAGUAAGUAUGGUUAUAAAAUGUGUGCCAAAGUCUAUCUAAAUGGUGAUGGAAUAGGGAAAGGAACACAUCUAUCUUUUUAUUUCACAAUAAUGAAAGGAGAAUACGACAACAUCCUUACAUGGCCUUUCAAGCACAAAGUUACGCUUACUGUACUUGAUCAAUUUGGUGGAGAUAAAAAUUAUAGUGACAGAUUCCUACCUGAUCCAAACAGCAAAAGCUUUCAUAAACCAUCAAGUGACUAUAACAUAGCAACUGGUUGUCCUGACUUUAUUCCACAGACAGAAGUUGAGUCUUAUCCCUUCAUGAAAGAUGACACUAUUUUCCUAAAGGCCUCCGUCGACACGACUAAUCUUCGCUAGCAAACGGCUUCGACAUCUUGCUAGACAGACAAACGAAGUUCUUUAUUGUUCGGAGUGCAGCAAAGAGAAAAAAAAAAACAGAAAAAAAUCCUUUGAUAGCAAGCAAGCAAAACGAAUGUCUCUCUUAACGAGACCGCUAUUCUUCACUGCUUUCGGUUUAUUUAUUUUUUUUUUUCCUCCUAAAUUUUUUUUUUUUUGGUUUGUUUUUCAACUAUCACAUGUUAUUUAACUGAAACUACUCGUAAUAAUAUAUUUUGCCGUAUUACUAUACAAAACUAAUUAAAAUACCUCCAUAAUUACGUCAUCAACUAAUUAAUUAAAACCCCCCGCCCCCACCCCUCUAAUCUCUAACACUGGGACAUUCACAGCUUCUGGAAUAAAACCUUAACACUUUU